CCCAGCUACAGCUAGCUGACGCCACGUUUUGGGUGUGAGGCGGCAGAGCGAGAGCGCAGGCGCGGCCUCCGGACGGGCGUUAGCAGUUCGCACCUUGGUGCCCGCGGGGCCAGUGACCUCUCCACAGAGAUUUGUAGAGCCGUGUGACCUGGGGCGGGAUGGGAGGCCGAGCCCCGCUGUGUGGUUCGACUUUUCCCCCAGGAACUCCAGUAGGUCGCGGCGGUCUGUUUCCUUGGCCAGGGGAAAAGCCACUGCGCUUUCUUUGUGCUGGAAAAGCCCAAGAUGAAGAGGAAAGGACUGUUCUUGCUGACAACAAAUGUAAGUGUGCCCGUGUUACCUCCAGGAUCAUCCGUUCUACUGAAGAUCCUAAUGAGGACAUUGUGGAGAGAAAUAUCCGAAUUAUUGUUCCUCUGAACAGCAGGGAGAAUAUCUCUGAUCCCACCUCACCAUUAAGAACCAAAUUUGUGUACCAUUUGUCUGAUCUCUGUAAAAAAUGUGAUCCCACAGAAGUGGAGUUGGAUAAUCAGGUAGUUACUGCGACCCAGAGCAAUAUCUGUGAUGAAGACAGUGCUACAGAGACCUGCUAUACUUAUGACAGAAACAAGUGCUAUACAACUAUGGUCCCACUUACAUAUAAUGGUGAGACCAAAAUGGUGCGAACAGCCUUAACCCCGGAUUCCUGUUAUCCUGACUAAUUUAAGUCAUUGCUGAUUGAGCAACAUUUUUUUUUUUCAUCUUGAGAGGCUCUCCAUUUUGAUCCAAAAAGUUAGUAUGAAUUAUACUAACUUGGUAUUUGAAACCAAGAUUUUUUUGGAUGAUGUGAAACUAACUUCCCCCCAAGUAAUUGAAAUAGUAACAUUGUUAUUUUUAUUAGGUAAUUACUUAUUAACUCUUAAGUAUUAAUAUUACCAUGCCUGGAGGGUUGUGCUUACUUAAGAGUAUUGUUUCUAACAUUUUAAAAAAUAGAGUAGCAGAGAAAACAAAGUUCAAAGAGUAAAAAUAAGGAGGGAUAGUUGAAUUAAAUACUUAAAAAAUUUUUUUUUGCUUUGCCUUGGAGAGCAAGAGCUUUGCGUACUCUAUACUAUCCUCUUUUUAAAAAUUUUCACUGUGUAGAGAAAAUAUACGUAUAAACACAAGUCAGUUAUAUGUAUUAAUUAGAAAAAUAAGAGAACAUGUUUUAGAACUUUAUAAAAAUAAUUUAAAAUGCUAUCUCUAAUAUUUUUGAAACCAACUUGCUAAAAGCGACAAUUAAAUGCAUAAUUAAAAAUAUAUUUUGACAUAAUACAUAGAAUUGGCAGCAGAUAAUAACAUUUUUCUUUUUUGAUAAAUUUUUUUUGAUAAGCAGGUGUAAGAAAUUCCCAUGGGAAAUCAAUUAUCUUGAAACUGAAUCUAAUGAAAUAUGUAUUCUAAAAUAUGUAUUCUCUAGCACAGUUUGAACAAUUAAAUAGAUUCAUAAGCAUAUAUCUGUGUGAAAUAAUUUA